AUGUCUGGCCGUCCUGGCUUCGCCGAGAAGCGACUGUCCGUCAAUCGUUUCCAGCAGAUCUCAGAUAAUCCACAAGACGGCAUGGCCAAUCCGAACGACGUGACGAUCGAGAUUCCCUUGAGCACCGUCCCAAGCCGAGGAGGUGUGCGGAAUCCCAGCGUCAAUACACCCGUGUCGCCCAAUCCAUAUCAACCGCCAGGUGGGAGCCCGAAUCCCAAUGCGAGUGAAAAGACGGGGCUCGUGCCAGGCCCUGGCCCGGGCCGUCGAAGGAGGGUCGAUACUAUGGGGGCCUCGGUGGAGGAGAAUGAGGACGGGACGAUCACCACCAUGGGUCGGAUCUAUCAGAAGAUCCUCAAUUUCUCCAUCGUCACUCGCUACAUGCUCUACGUCACGCCGCUGGCGAUAUUGAUUGCCAUCCCAAUCAUCGUGGGCGCGACGGUCGCGCAGGACGCGACCAUCGGCGGCGUGCCUGUACACUGGUUUUUCACCUGGAUCGAAGUGAUCUGGUUGAGUCUGUGGGUGGCCAAAUUGGCAGCCCGUGUCUUGCCUUAUAUCUUCCAAGUCCUGUGCGGUUUCGUUAGCUCGGGAACGCGCAAAUACGCUUUGAUUCUUCAUAGGCUACAGAUCCCUAUCGCAACCGUGAUUUGGUGUGUGAUCUCACUCGUGACGUUCUUGCCCAUUAUGACAUUGAAUCCCGUAAAGAAGCAGCAGAACGAUACAGGAACAAAGUCGUGGGAGAAGACCAUGAAAAAUAUCCUGUUUGCUCUCUUUGUCUGCAGUUUAAUCUUUCUCGGAGAGAAAGCGCUCGUUCAGCUCAUCUCGAUCAGUUAUCACCGGAAGCAAUUUGAUAGCAAGAUCAAAGAGUCCAAGCGGAACGUUUAUCUCCUUGGACAGUUGUACGAGGCUUCGCGAAGCAUGUUCCCUAUGUACUGCAAAGAGUUUGCUGAGGAAGAUGCUGCUGUCUCCGACUUGAUCACCAGCAAAGCCGGUCGCGUACUACCCCGUUCUGGCUCGGCCCCCUUUCGCAUGAUAAGAGAAGUUGGACACGGGUUUGGUCGAAUUGGUGAAAAAGUGACGGCUGCCGUGGGUGACGUGGCCCAGGAGCUGACCGGAAAGGAGGUCUUCAACCCCAACUCGGCCCGGUCCGUCGUCACAUUGGCCCUGGAGCGCAAGAGAUCGUCUGAGGCGCUGGCCCGUCGGAUCUGGAUGUCGUUUGUAAUCGAGGGCCGCGAGGCUCUUUAUCACGACGAUAUCGUGGAAGUUCUGGGCGCAGGAAAGGAGACGGAGGCGGAGGAGUGCUUCCUCAUUCUCGACGGAGAUGGUAAUGGCGACAUUAGUCUCGAGGAGAUGAUCCUGGCCGUUGCGGAGAUUGGGCGCACGCGCAAAUCAUUGACCCACAGUUUGCAUGAUGUGGACCAGGCGAUUCAUGUUCUGGACAAUCUUCUGCUCACAGUCGCCUUUGUUAUCAGUCUGCUGGUGUUCGUCUCGUUCGUGACGAGUGGUUUCGGCACCGUUAUUGCCGCCGGUGCUACCUCCCUCCUGUCCCUGAGUUUCGUCUUUGCCACUACUGCUCAGGAAGUCCUGGGUUCCUGUAUCUUCCUCUUCGUGAAGCACCCGUUCGACGUUGGUGAUCGUGUGGAUAUCGAUUCCAAAGCCUACUUCGUCGAGCGUAUUUCGCUUCUCUUUACCGUGUUCCGCAACGUUGCCGAUCACCGCAUCACGCAAGUCCCCAACGUCGUGCUCAACAACCUGUGGAUCGACAACUUCACUCGUUCCAAUGCCAUGCACGAAAACCUGACCAUUCCCAUAAAGUUCGAAACGACAUUCGUUGAUAUCCAGAACCUCAAGGAGGAGCUGGAGCAGUUCGUGCGCGACAAGGAAAACUGCCGUGACUUCCAGCCCGAUCUUGAUGUCGAUGUCGUGGGUGUCGGCGAUAUGGAUAAACUGGAGCUGACCGUCAACAUUCGCCAUAAGUCCAACUGGUCGAACGAGAGCGUCCGGGCUGCCCGCCGCUCGAAGUUCAUGUGUGCCUUGGUCUCCGCGGUGCGCAGGAUCCCCAUCCGCGCCCCCGGCGCCGAAGAAUCGGCAGAGGACGAGAACGACGACGGAGGGAAGCCCGACGGAGACGCUCCGGCCAAGAAUGACACCACCGACAAGAACACGGACGGGGGAAUGAGCCGCGCAAGCACAGCCAAUGCCCCUCAAGGGCUCGGCCUGACCGGCGCCGACUCCAAGUCCACCGGCUUCGACCUUGGUCGGUCAUCCGUCGGCUCGCUGCAACACCGUAACAGAAGCGGCGAGGCCCCCUCCAGCACCUUCAGCGGUGGUCUCUCCCCCGAGCACGCACGCAUGCGUUCCCCGGCGGCGGAAGAGUUCCGCGACGUCCAAGACGGCGAUAACUAUCAAACGCCUGCCGCCUCGCCGGAGCAGAAGCAGCUCAACAUCAACAACUACGGCAGUCUCGAACGAACCGCCUCAACGGGCCGCCGCAAGGAGGGAACCCGAUCAUCCAUCCCCACAGCCACAGGGGGUGUUCCCAUCCUCGCCGCCCCAGUGCCGCAGCGUCCAGCGCAGACUGCUGCCCCUGAAUACUACAACUACGGCGGCGGCGGCGGCAACUACUACGACCCGCAGGACGGGCCUUAUGAUCCCAACCAGCCCUUCGAGCUGCCUUCGGCGCGGGAUGCCUCGCCUUCCGGCGUCGACCAAAAUCAAGAAUAUUCCUCGCCGUAUCUGCGCGGACCUGUCUCGCCCACUGAGGGCCGACGGGAUGAAGCCGAGCACGAGCAGAUGCCGGGGUCGUUCGUAUCUCGACGACCUCCUCAGGCAGGACAACAAUGA